CCGUUAUAUAAAUGCUUGCUACCCCUCGAUUUUAGCUGCCGAGGCCGUUUCACUGAAACAAUUAUCGCCAAAAACUUCACUCAAAUCACUUUUUUGUAUAUCAAAAUGGCUCAAGUUCUCGUUGUCUAUCCUUCCGGUCCUUCUUUCGACCUGGAUUAUUAUCUCACAAAGCACAUGCCUCUUGUCGCAUCCAAAUGGGGUUCCCACGGUCUCAAGAACUACAAGAUUCUUACCUUCCAGGAGGGUGCACCCUUCCAGAUCCAGGCUACUCUUGAGUGGGAGAGCCUUGAGGUGUUUGAGAAGGCUGCUGCUAGCGAGGCGGCCGCUGCUGUCUUUGGCGAUAUCAAGAACUUCUACGAUGGAAACCCUGUGCUGCUGAAGGGGCCUGUUGUUGCUAGCGAGACUGUUGCGUCAUCACCCUUUGAUCUGACGAUUUGCCAGCGAAUCCAAAUUAUAAAGUCGAUUCUGGUGUCAAUUGGGACAGCUGAUGAUCUGGCGGACAUGGAACUCCGCGGCCGCCGAGUAUCGAGGAAACGUGUACAUGUCGAUAAUCUAAUGCGAUUCCGCGAGACAUUCCGUGGAACCAAGAUUUAUGCGGCCCGAUAAGACCAAGCAGCCGGGUUUCCCGGAAAUUCGGUCUCAGCUGAUUCGCAUCCCGAAAU